ACAAACAAACAAAAAACCUAAAUGAAGUCAUUGUUUAAAUCUGAAAACAUGGAGCUUGGGAGCUCUGAGUUGACUGAGGCCUUCAAUACUGAGGGCUGAGGUUGCCCCAUUGAAGUCCAUUAAUGGAACUUAACAGAUGCUCACUAACUGAGGAUCAAUGAGCCUGAGGGAAACUGAGACUUUGUGGCACAAGUCAAUGAACUUUCCAGAAAAAUAUAGCGAUCAAUAGGCCAAGACAAGGGGAAUAUUGGUAGUAACAAAAAAGUGUAACUGAAGUUAAAAUACAGCUAAGUCUGUAGGUUUCUGUCCUUAGAGAGAUCAAAAGCAGAUAUUGGGCACAAGAAUUUGAAUAGUCUUUGAAUGGUCUUUCUUAUAGGACCCUUGAGAAGCCAUGUACAGGGGAGAAAGGAAAAAAACAUUUCUAACUGUAGAAACUGUUCCAGUUGUCACAGAACUUCACAUGCUCUCUGAUGUCACCUGGCAUUGGCUUAGGGAACCCGGUGCAAUGUCUCAAGGAAAUCACUGUACAUGUCCCCUGAGGAAGGUAAGACAAGGAAGUUUCUUGUUAUCAGUAUGAAUGUGGCAAGUCAUUUUUGAGAUUGCAAGAAGAUGGUAUUUUGGGUUGGGAAAUAAACACAUCUUCUAAGUCCUGGGCUGUUCCUGCUGAUUGGGUCACCUGGGCCUUAUAAAAGAGCUCUCCACUACCCUGACAUUAUCCUCUUACCACUCAGGUGCAGAUUUGCGUUGGAGACUCUGAUUCUCUGAGACCUCUGAGAGAUGUCUUACCAAGGACAGCGAUGCAAGCAGCCCUGCCAGCUACCUCCUGUGCUUAUAAAUAGGUGCCCAGAGCCCUGCCCUCCACUGAGGUGCCCAGAACCCUGCCCUCCACUGAGGUACUCAGAUCCCUGCCCACCACCAAGGUGCCCAGAGCCCUGUUCUUCAUUGAGAUGUACAGAGCCCUGCUCUUCAUUGAGAUGUACAGAGCCCUGUUCUUCAUUGAGAUGUACAGAGCCCUGUUCUUCAUUGAGAUGUACAGAGCCCUGCUCUUCAUUGAGAUGUACAGAGCCCUGCUCUUCAUUGAGAUGUGCAGAGCUCUCCUCUUCAGAAACCCAGUGUUCUGAGCACUGCAUUCAACAACAAUGUCUGGAGUCCAGCCAACCACAGAGGCCCCCAGUGUCCUGCCCUCUACCCCUGGGUACUGAGCACUGCCGUCGACCACAGUGCCCUCAGUCCUGCCAAUCGCUGAGAUCCCCACUGAAGUGCUCAGAACCUUGCCCUCCAUCUGUUCGUCCUGAGUACUGCCCUCAACCACAGUGUCUUGAGACUUGCCAACCUCCAACAUCCCCAGAGCCCUGCCCUCCACCUCUGUGUAUCAAUCAUGGCCCUCAAUCACGGUGUCAUGAUUCCUGCCAACCACCAAGGUCCCCAGAGCCCCAUUCACCACCCUUUUGUCCUGACCACUGCCCUCAACCGCAGUGUCUUGAGCCUUACCAACCAACCAUGUCCCCAACGCCCUGCCCCCAACCCCUGUGUCCUGAGCAUUGCCCUCAACUGCAGUGUUUUGAGUCACCAGAGCCCUGCCCUCCACAGAGGAGUCCAGUGCCCUGCGCGCCACCCCAGUGCCUUGAGUCCUGCCAACCACUGAGGUCCCCAGAGCCCUGUCCUCCAUUGAAGUGCCCAGAAUCCUGUCUUCCACUCCUGUGUUCUGAGCCUUGUCCACAAUCUCAGUAUUCAGAGCUCUGUGCUCUGCCAAGAUGCCCAGAACCCUGUCUUGCACUUCAGUGUCCUGAUCCUUGUCCAACUCUGCAUUGUCCAGAGCCCUGCCUACCACUGCAAUCUCCAGAGUCAUGCCCACCACUGCAGUGUUCUGAGCACUGUCCUUCACCACAGUGUCUUGAGACCUGCCUGCCACCAAGGUCCCCCAAACCUUGCCUUCUACCACAGUAUCCAGAGCCCUGCCUUUUACCAAGAUGUCCAGAGCCCUGUCCUCCACUAGAUUGCCCAGAGCCCUGCUCACCACUGCCAUAUCCUGAACAAUGCCUUCCACUAGAGUGUCUUGACCUUUGCCCACCGGUGAGGUGUCCAGAGCCCUGUCCUCUACCAGGGUGCCCAGAGUCUUAUCCUGAACUACAAAGUCUUGGUUCCUGCUCACCACAGCGGCAUCAGGGGCUCCACCUUUCACCUGAGCUGUGUCUUUCCCUGAGGUGCCCUGAUCCAUGUCAACCUGCUCCCUGCCUACUUGUACAAUGUGCUCUUCCACCAUGCCAGCGGAAGUGCCCACUCAAGAGCAAGUAGCAUCAGGACCCCAAGACAGCAAUUUCCUGUGGCUCCACUUACUCUCUGGAUUCUAUUGGCUUUCUUCAACCAUGGUGGCAGACACCUCUUCUCUCACCCACGACUUGGGCUCUGCCUGAAAGAGGGAGUGUUUCACUCCUGACAUCACAUGUUAAGAAGUGAAAAGCGAAACCAUCACCUGGGCUUUGAUCUCAGCCAGUGUUUUCUUUCCUGUGGCCAAGGGUAUCUGUACUCUCACUUCUCCAAUAAAGCGCACGGUUACUGGUCAA